GAGAGAGUUUCUGCUGAGGGAGUUGGAUCCUAUUCCGCUCCCCAGAAGACGAAGAGAGAGGGAGAGUGAAAGUGGGGGUCGUUUCUGCACCAGUAUUUGGUUAUUGGCCUGGAGGAGGAAGGAAAUAUGGAGUUGAAUCGGAGUUUAUAGCGGUGGAAGCUGGAUUUGUUUAAUCUCUUCCUCAUCUCUAGCUUAUACUCAGCAGAGAAGGUUACUUGCUGCACCAACACUUCCCUUCUUCAUCUGAUCAUCUCCACUAUACAAUUCGUCCUGUUACUGCCAUCUUCUUCUAUUAUACACAUGGAGCUCGCUUUCUUUCUCUCUCUGAGCACGAACUUCGGUAGUAAGAAGGAACUAGCUGCCUACCAGACCCUCCCUCGUCCAUUGCAUCGAUGCCCUUGAGGAUAAUCCCUUGGUCUAACUAGUGUUGGAAGAGAAGGGUGCAAGACAUUUUGAGCAAGUAUGUAUGGGGAUUGCCAGGUGUUAUCUUCAAUGGGUGGUAAAACAGUGGGAGAGCCUCUUUUUUCCAUGCCCACAGCAAUGCUUAGAAGCACAGAUCACCUGAGCUUCCUCACCAAUAUGUCAUUCCAAUCCCAAUCCAUUAAUUUCUCCAGCUUUCUUCCGAAGGAAGCGAUCAUGUCCGGCUCCUCGCAGAAGAGCAGGGAGGAAGAGAUUGAUAGCAGAUCCGGUGGGAGUGGCAACAUGGAUGGUGGUUCCGGUGAGGAUCAGGAUGAUCACUCGAGACGGAAGCGCUACCAUAGGCACACUACUAAGCAGAUUCAAAAAAUGGAAGCCCUGUUUCAGCAGAACCCGCACCCAGAUGACAAAGAAAGACUCAAACUGAGCCAGGAGCUUGGUCUAAAACCACGCCAAGUCAAAUUUUGGUUUCAAAAUCGCCGUACCCAAUUGAAGGCACAACAAGAUCGAGCGGAUAAUGGAGUGCUCAGGGCAGAAAAUGAAAGGCUUAAGAGUGAAAAUUUGAGGCUUCAAGCAGCCAUGAGAAAUAUAAGCUGCCAUACUUGUGGAGGCCCUGCAAUUCUUGGUGAGUUAUCAUGUGAUGUGCAGCACCUUCGUCUAGAGAAUGCACACCUUAGAGAGGAGCUCGACCGGAUCUGCAACAUGACGUCGAGGUACAGCAGCCGGCGACCGUCGGUCUUCAGCUCAGUACACCCAGCGUUCCAACCACCAGCAGUCCAACCAUCGCUGGACUUGGACAUGGGGGUUUACGCGAGACAUUUCCAGGAAUCGAUGGCAUCUCCCUCGGAAAUGGUUGCGCCGAUGCCCAUGCCCGAAUCUCCGGCGAUCGGCCUGCUGGAGUCGGAGAAGGCGGUGGCCGUCGAACUCGCGAUCACCGCCACGGAUCAUCUGGUGAGGAUGUCGCAAUGUGGAGAGCCCCUGUGGUUGAGACUGGGAGAAGGAGAUCAGGAGAGGGAAGUGCUGAACCUGGAAGAGCACUCCAGGAACUUCCCUUGGCCUAUUGGUUUGAGGCAGAGGCUGGGCAACUACAGGACCGAGGCUUCUAGGGACUCUGCGCUCGUUAUCAUGAACGCCGUCAGCCUCGUCUCCGCCUUCCUGGACGCUAACAAAUGGAUGGAGAUGUUUCCUGCGAUAGUGGCACGGGCGAGGACGAUACAGGUCAUAACACCUGGCCUUGGGAGUCACGUUAAUGGCUCCCUUCAGUUGAUGUACGCAGAAUUUCAGUUUCCGUCACCGCUGGUGGCGACGAGAGAGUGCUACUUCCUACGGUUCUGCAGCCAACAGGGCGCCGACGGCAUCUGGGUGGUGGUGGAUUUCCCCGUCGACGGCUUCCAUGACGCCACCAUACAGUCGCCAACGUCAACCACCUCCCUCUUCCCUCGCUACAGGAGGCGUCCUUCUGGCGUCAUCGUCCAGGAAGUCCCAAACGGAUACUCUAAAGUUACAUGGGUGGAGCACGCUGAACUGGCAGAGGACAGGCCACAGCACCAAAUCUUCAACCAUGUGGUUCUCAGCGGAGCCGCUUAUGGGGCUCGCCGCUGGGUCGCCAACUUGCAGCGCCACUGCGAGAGGGUAGCCAGUCUCAUGUCCCCAAACACAAUGGAUCGGGACAUCGGAGUUACGUAUUCGAUAGAGGCAAGAAGGAACAUCAUGCACCUAGCAAGAAGGAUGGUGAGAAUGUUCAGUUUGAGCAUCAGCCCUGCCGGAUCAUGGUCGGCUCUCACGGACGGUUCUGCAGAUGACACCGUGAGGAUCACUACGCGAAAGAGCACGGAGCCUGGCCAGCCCCAGGGUGUCAUCAUUUGCGGGGUCUCAUCCACAUGGCUUCCGUUGUCCCACAUUCAAGUUUUUGAACUUCUCCGAUGUGAAAAAAGGCGGUCGCAGAUGGAUGCACUUUCAGGGGGCUACACAUUGCAAGAAGUGGUUCAUUUUGCUAAUGGCUCUCAUCCGGGCAACUAUGUUUCUCUUCUUCAAGUAAAUUCUGUAAACAAUUCCUCCAGCACCACUGCCGAGCUGAUGGUGCAGGAGAGCUACAUCGAUGCAUCCGGAAGCGCGGUCGUGUACGCGUCGAUCGACACCGCCGGCGUCAACAUAGCAAUGAGCGGCGAAGACACUUCCUUCAUUCCUCUUCUCCCGUCUGGCUUCGUCAUGGUGCCUACAGCCAGCUACUACGCCGGCGACUUUGGCUAUCCGAGCACCAGCGCCAUGCCUGGUCAUGGCGGCUGCAUCCUGAUUGCAGUCUCCCAAGUUCUAGCGAGCUCGGUUCCAACAUCGAACAUCAGCAUGGCCACAGUAAUUACACUUAACAAGCACAUCUUCAACGUGGUUCGCCAAGUCCAUGCUGCACUGGGUGUGAGCUCCCCGGACUUGCUUCCUUCUGUUCCCUAGCUACUAGUUUUAGUGUAGAAAUCAGCUUAAUAGUAUCCUAGUAUGACUAAUUUGGUAUACCUUUUGCCUUAACCAAAGGGUAGUUUUAUCAUUUUAGAAUGCAGAUUUAACCCAAUUCUGAUUAGAAGAAGAAGUAUUUGGGGUGAUCAAAUAUGGUUUUUCAUAGGAUCGAUGAUAAGAAUAAUAGGGUAAAGAAGCUGUAGAAGAGGGAGAAUGGGAGAGAAAGAGAUAUAUAUAUAUAUAUACAUAUAUGUAGAGAGAGAGAGAGAGAGAGAGAGAGAGAGAGAGAUAAACAGAGGGGGACAAUAUUUUUCUGAGAAGGGGAAUAGUGGAGUCAAGAGCGCACCAAGAUUCAAACCUGGCUGCAUGGUAGGACUGCAGCAAACAGGCAGCUUUUCCAUGCAGCUAGGGUGGUGGUUCGGGAAUUGACUUCUGCUUUUACCCCUUCUUUUUUUCUUUCUUUUUUUUUCUCUGGUGGGAUAUUCCAUGGAUG